GUGUGACGUCGGGCCUGCUGCGUAGGUGACGUAAGAGGAGAUGUUUCUUUAAGGGUGGAGGUCGAGCUCACUUCAGGGCCUGAAACAGUUUAAUACACAUGUGUACAAGUUUCUGCCUGUAGCGGACCUCUGAACAACAUGAGCGCUUUGACGAGGUUGGGAGGAGAGUUUCUGCUGUGGCUGUUGUUGCUGUACAGAGUGAACACAGUGACCUGCCAGGGUAAAAUCGAAGGAUUCAUCGGCGACACCGUCCUGCUGCCCUGCAUCUACAGGGAGGUCCACCUUCUACCAGACCCUGUCUCCGUCUUCUGGAGGGACCAAAACGACUUGAUCGUACUGGACAUUAUGAAAAAUGUACCAGACGACUCAACCCAGAACCAGAAAUUCAAAGGUCGAGUGUCCAGUUUCCCGGAGUUCUACAAGAAAGGGAACUUCUCCAUCAUCAUGAAGAACGUCCAGCAGUCGGACAGCGGCCCGUAUGAGUGCCACAUCCCAAAGGUGGACUUCCAGCUGCAUAUCUCCCUCAGCGUCUCAGAUAAACGUGUUGAAGCAGCGACUCCUCCUCCUGGACCAUCAGAUGGCGCUGCGGUAACACCAAACAUGUCGCUGCACUCUCACUGUUCUGUUACCACAGUUUACUGUCGCCUUCCUGCUGUACGUGUUCCUGCUCUGUCAUCAGGUAGUUUGACUUCCUGAAGGAUCAUUCAGUGGUGUUACAAAACAUGCAGCUGUUUGCACUUCUCUCAUCGUCCAAUGAGAGUUCGAUGUGGAGGAACGCUGCGUUUCUGCCGUGCAGCUUAAACUGUCUGCAGUCAGCAAAAUCAUUUCCAUUGGCUGUUUUGUCAAAAUUGAUUUAUUAUUUUCCCUGUUGUUUACAAACAUCGGAGCUCCUGAACGCAGCUGAAUGAAGCUCUGCUGUCAGGCGUUCACUUCAGCACCUGAAUGCACCACCAGGACACCAUUUUAACAGUUUAUUUAUAUAUUUAUUAUUAUUAUAAUUUGAUUCUAAAACAAACUGAAACCAACUGAAGGUAAAAGACGUUUGGUGGCUGUCAAAGCACCUGGUCUAAUCUGAAAUGUUUGAAAAACAAAAGAAGCAAAUGAGUGAAAUUAUAUUAAAGAACUGGAAUUGACAUUAAUUUAAAGCUGCAGGUAUUUGGGCAGUUUAUGUAGAUGCUGAUUGGCCGGAUAGCUGCUGACAUCACACUGUUCCUGUGGCGAUGGUUCAUUUCAGAGCAGAACUCCUGUUACUGGUUAAUUAUUAUUUUCCACACAAGUGAAGUUUCUAAUGAAGAACGAAGCUACUUGGUUUGGAUGCUGACGUGGAAACGUUAUUUGAAUAACGAGCUGUUUGGAUGAUAUUUAUAUUUUUUUACGUUUAUUUAUAAAUCUGCAAAAAACAAACCAAAGAAAAACAUUUUGAAGUGAAAACAUGUCAGAUUAGUUUGAAAACUUAAAAUAAGCUUUGAUGAUAAAAAUGUAGGAAAAAUAUUUAUCUCAGUCAAUUAACAGGAAGGAUUUUUAUUUAUAUUACAAUAUUGUAGAAGAAGUAAAAUAUCUAACUUCGCAUCAGUAGCAGCUUUUUUCUGUUAAGUCAUGAGAAUAUAUUUCUUCAGUGUAGUAUUUGUGUUGGAUUAAUAAAUUGCUUAUUAAUGUAAUAACAAUGUAUUUUUAGCUUUGCUAUUUUUGCUGAAACAUGUUGAAACAUGAAACUGCAGCAGUUACAUAUUUAAAACUACACAUUUCAUCUUGGUCCAAAUCAUUUCUGUCUAAUUUUGCUGUAAAACAAGAAGUUUAUUUAUUUCCUG